CUGUCUUUAAUUAAGAAGAUAACACAUUAAAUUUAUAUCCAGGGAGAGAAGAAAAAAUGGAGAUGAAAAUCACGAGCAUGGCAGCAGCACUUGUUGCUGUUGUUGUUUUGGCAUCAACUGUGUUGCAGAGCACAGAUGCUGCAAAUUACACCGUGGGAGACACCACCGGCUGGACAGUCCCUCCCGGUGGCGGUAAUAGUGACUUUUAUGAUGAAUGGGCCGACAAGAAGAACUUCUUCGUUGGGGAUAUCCUUGAGUUCAACUUUGCUACAGACGCACAUAACGUUGCCGAGGUGACUGAAGCUGCUUACGACAGAUGCAACGGUACCAAUCCCAUCUCUAUGCACAGAAACGGUCCAGCAAGCAUUACCCUUAACAGGACCGGAGAGUACCACUUUAUUUGCACUGUCCUAGGUCACUGCACCGGCGGACAAAAGCUAAGUGUGAAUGUCCGAAGUGGCCCCAGGACUACUUCGACACCUGGUUCAACCCCCAACGGUGGUUCCUCUAGCUCAGCUUCAUCACUUGUUGCCGCCGUCUCUGUUGCCAUCGUGUCCCUUGCCUUAGUUUCGCUCUGCUAAUCUAUGUUCAACCCUUUUGCUUGUUUUCUUUUCUAUGUUAUGAGUUCAGAGUCCAGACUUUGUAGCGUAUAAGAGAGACUCUUUCGAUUCGUUUUGAUUGUUUAAGUUCUACUGAUGUUGGAGUGAUAGUUUUGUUCGUUUUCAAUAAAACGUUUGAUUCAUUC